GUUUAAAUAUGAGUAUUUAUAAUUUUAUUUGUAAUAUUGACCGGCAUGAACUGGCACAAACCGGUAUGUGCCUCCGGUUGAACCAUUCCACUUGCUAAAUCGGCACACUGGCAUAAACCGGUUUGACAACCUUGCGCGUGACCGACACCGGAUGAAUACGUCAUUACGCGCUCUCCUUCUUUCCCAUGUGCCGCCGCCACACCCUAUCCUAGCACUCUCAGAACGCGGGACGAGGCACGGCUUCACAGACAAGACUUGAAAUCGCAAAUUCUAGAGGGAUUUUGGCAAAAAACAAGCUCCGUCUCCAUUUUGCUUCCGAGUUCAAGCCUCUAGGGUUCCUCAUUCUCCCAAUUCCUCCCAAGACUUUCUAGAGAUCAAUUACGAUGGAGGCAAAAGCGACGCAGGGUGUUGCGCUGGUGAUUUCUGAUGAACAGGUGGUCCAGAUGACCACCAUUAACGAUGCGCUUAGGGAGCUCGGCAAGGAAGCGUUGCAGUGUGACGUUCAGCUUUAUACACAGUCAUCCUCGCAAAGUAAACUACCAGUGGAGUCAUCUUCAAUAGAAUUUCUGAUUUGCAUAAGCAGAUCACAUGCAUAUCCUGAUGGGAGUUGGUUUGAUGAAAUUUCUCGGGCGUUAAAACCUGGUGGUACUAUCUUGGUCUAUAAGGUUCUGCAGGCUGCUCCAAAGGAAACCGAGAAGUCACUUGAACGCCAAUUACUUUUGGCGGGGUUCUUAGAUGCUAAAGGUGUUCAGCAGAGCUCAAAUGUUGUCCUCCAGUCUGUUGUGACUGUGAAAGCAAAGAAGGCUUCUUGGAAAAUUGGGACAUCCUUUGCUCUCAAAAAGGGUACAAAGGCACCGAUUAAGCUUCAGAUGGACGAUGAUUCAGAUUUGAUCGACGAAGAUAGCCUAUUGACCGAAGAGGAUUUGAAGAAACCUCAAAUACCAGUUGGCGACUGCGAGAUUAGUACCACGAAGAAAGCUUGCAAGAACUGUACCUGUGGGAGAGCUGAGGAGGAAGAGAAAGUUAAGUUAGGAUUGACCACAGAGCAGCUGAACAAUCCUCAAUCAUCCUGUGGAAGUUGCGGACUUGGGGAUGCUUUCCGUUGCGGCACAUGUCCAUACAAAGGUCUCCCUCCAUUCAAGCUUGGCGAAAAGGUGUCCUUGUCCAGCAACUUCCUUGUGGCAGACAUUUAAACUUCUGCAGAAGCUAUCGGAAUGGCGAUGGAGUCUUUGUCUGCUCAAGUGGUAUGUUUAGGUUUCUUGAGGUGGUUCAGAGAAUGUCAGAUGGAAAGAAAAGA